AUGGGGGAGGAGUGCUAUGAGCCACAGCUGACGCCAAGGACGGAACGCCAUGUCAGGGGCCGGAAAUGCUGGGUGCACCUCUGGGUUGCCACCUUCAGCAUUCUUUACCUGGCCGCUUUGAGCAUGACGGCCCUGUCGUGGUCAGACAAGGGUCUUUGCGUGAGCUCGUGGUGGUGCGUCUCGCGGAUGUACCUUUGUACCUUCAUCGCUGCCUUGAUGUGGGUUUGGUACCUCUGGCGAAGCACCACCAGAGAAGGCGCGGUGCCUUUGGGUCUCUUAGUCAGCGUGUGGUUCACUACCGGCACACUGAGUGUGGGCAUGUGCUCCCUCUGCAACUGGGCCAUGGUCCAGCUCUGGGCUUGGCUGGACCCCCUCUGCUACAUCACGUAUCCGGCCGACAACUGGCCUUGGGACUACACGUCCACCAGGUGCAUCAUGGUCAAUGCAGUGCAGUGGGUUUUGACAGCGGGCAUCAUCGAGGAGAGCUUUAAGUUCGCCUCGCUGCUCCGGCUACGGCCGACGCCCUCCAAGGUGCUGCAGGGGGUCCAGCGCUGCCGCUGCGCGCUGCCCUUCUUGCCCAAAGCCUGGUUCAUGCGCCUGGCAGACUCACCCCUAGCGGUCGCACUCUGCGGUGUCGCCGCGGGUGGUGGCCUGGCCACCACGGAGAAUUUCAUGUAUAUCUUCAGUCGAGAAAGCAUCGACAAGGCUUUCGUCGAGGGCGACCUCGAGUCUGCUUACGGCCGCAUCGCGGCCUCCUUCGCCCACAUGGUGUGGACAGGCUACGCGGCCUGUGGCCUCGCGAAGUGGCAGUUUUUGCCGGAGGGUGAUCCUGCCCGGCCCCGCAGCCGAGUGCAGUACCUCCUGCCGCCCAUCUUUCUCCAUGGCCUCUACAACUGGUGCUCGACGCUGCAGCGGUGCGAGCCCUACGAGGAAGUCUACCAGGGGCAGACGCAGAAAAGCGAGGGCUGCUACCUGCCACCCAUGUGGCGCAUGGUCUUUAAAGCCGCGCACACGGUGGUGAUGCUGCUGAGUUUCUACUGGUGGCAUGCGGAGUUCUCCGAGAUUGCGGGUGACGAAGAGGACAUGGACGAGGCAAUUGCUCAGGCAGAGGCAUGA